AUGGCAUCCCCUCCACCUCCCCUAGCAGGACAUCUGGCGCACAAACUCCUGCACACACUCGCAGACCUAAACAGCUCAGACAACCUCCUCGGCAUCAGUGCACUAUUGAACUCCACGAUCCAUACAGAGAAGAGAGCUCUCAGCGAUUUCAUUGGCUUGAUCAUUGUGAUAUUACUACAAGCGCUUCUGAUGUCUUUGAUACGACAUGUAAUGCUAAGAACGGCUGGAACACAUUUAAUCUACUCUUCAACGAGAGCUCGUCAUUAUACACAAAAAGCCGUGGCCAAGUCCAAUUAUUUCAAUUCGGAACUUACACGUCGAAUCAUUUCUUCGCCUAGACGACUGCGCAAUGACAUGUUUCAAGGCGUCACCUAUAAUGUGCUCUUUCUAAUCCUCGUCAACGUUCUCACUUGUAUUUGCGCGUCUAACAUCUGGAAUCUGGCCUCUCAAGCUAUAGCAGCUCUACUCCUCGCAAACUAUCACGCCCGAUGGACAAAAGGCAUUCUCUCUCUACCCCAAGCAAGGAGGGUUAUACUAUCCUUGCCGAAAAGGGAGCUAGUGGUUCCCUGCUUAAUGUACACUUUUGCCGCAGAAGUGACGGCAAAAUUGCCAGGUCUAGUGAGUAGACUUUUCUCACUCAAUAUGGGAGAUGAUAUGGCGAAGAUCGAGACCAUCGCUUUCGGUGAUGGGUGUUUGUUGCUUGUUGCAUUGGGGUUGAGAUUACUCGUGUUGUAUCCGACUUUUGCUGCGUAUGUUUGCAUCGAGACUGAACACAUCGACGCGAGAACUGGGGGUGGAAGUUCAGAUCACGCAGCUGCCGGAGAGACGAUAUCCUCAGACUUUGACUUGAGGACUUACAGCGAGGCAGCGUCUUUAUGCUUCAAGAAAACAGCGCCUUGGCUUGCACUGCUGCAUUUCCAGACGGUACUGAUUGUUGCUGCUGUUGAAGUACUCACGCUUCCUCUCAUCCACAGGGCGGCUUUCGGAGCCGAAGUGUAA